GUCAGUUUACUUUUUUUUCGUCUCUUCUCUGCACGCCAUCGUAACACGUGACCAUCCGUAUUUUUUGAGAUAGAAACUCCCCGACAGCGUGUUCGAGAUUGUUUUUUUUUGCUCAGCUUUUGUGUCGCUUUUCGAGAUUGUGCAAGAUGUCGCUUCUUAGCCGAGUAGCUGUGCUGAGUGUCGUCGCACUCAGCUUCGAGAUGCCGAUGAUGCUAGCAGCGGACCCUGAAGCAACUUCCUGUGAGACUGAGGGCUCAUCUAUUUCGUUCACUGUAGAAAAGGCGGGCCAUGUUGUGCGUUUCAACUGUCCCUCGACCUUGGAAGAGAUCAAGCCGGCUUACGAAGCAGGGGACUCAACAAAAGUAUGCACUACGGCCGACUGCUCGAACGAAGCCGCAUUGAAAGAUGUCCUUAAAAGUGCUUCACUUGCACAGGCAGAAGGGUCCGGCUCUUCUGGAGGAAACGAUUUCACGCUGACGGUUGACGCGUUGCCGGAAGCGGAGACAAGCGUUUUUUUCCUAUGCCAAAGAACAGGUGCAUCAAGAAGCGCUCGCCGCUUGGGUACAGCCGUACCAUCGGACAAAUGUGGCGUACACAUUCUCGUCAAAGCGGCACCACAGGCUCCGGUGUGUUCGGCGCAAGAUCACACGCUUGAACUACAAAUCACCGCAGCAAACUCUGAUACAUCGUUCGUGUGCGGAGGCACCUUCAAUGUCAUCAAGCCCGCAAAUGCCGCCAAAGUUCUUCAAGGAGACAGCUGUGAGACUGAAGUAGACUUGGUCUCUCUAGUUCCACACGCCAGUCGCUCGGCCUUGGAACAAAGUGGCCUAAUCAAGCUAUCCGUAACUGAUCUUCCGCAGCAACAGCAGAAACUCUGCUACAGAUGCGAGGACUCUUCUCAAAAGGCCUGCAAAGUUUUGGUAACCGUUUCGGCGUCUCAUACAUCGGAUGCUGCCCGUCUUACCGCUCAGGCAGCUCUUGGAGCUCUCCUGGCUGUUGCAGGGUUGGUGUACAUGGCUUGA